AAAAGAGAAAGCAAAAGGGGACAAGAGCUGUAGAACUUCCCAAACACCCUGCAAGUGUUUCCUUUUAUUUCUCUCCCAACACUCAGCUUCUGACUUGCCCAGUCUACAGCAUUAAGCACCGUGUUGGAAGGGUAAAGUAGAGGCAUGCAAGGAAAAGAAGAGCAGCUCAGCUGAAUUUUAGCUGUCACGAUUCCUGCUUGAAGGAAAUACAUGUAUUGAACAACUAUAGGAAAAAACCUGAAGAACAGAAGAGUUACAAUAAUGGAAAAGGCAAACACUGAAAAAAAUGAGAAAUCACAUUCAUAUCAACAUAUUGAACAGUUGACAAAAGAGGAAGUCAAACAGUGGGCAACUGAAGUUGUUAAGAUUGACCAGAAAUAUGCAGAAAUACUGUUUAACCAAGAUGUGACUGGUUUUAUUUUGAAACUGAUGACUAAAGCAGAUUUUGUGCAAAUGGGCAUACCUCUUGGGCCUGCUGUUCAAAUAAUGUAUUUCCUGAAAGAGCAUGACAUUCUAGCUAAAGGUUCAAACCAGACUGUGGAUCAAGAAGGCACUAAACAGAGUGUUGAUGGAGAAGGAGAAGAUGGAGAAAUUGCAAAGAAAGAGUGCAAGAAGAAAUCUGGGUCUUUUACUUCCAGUAUACUGCAGGAUUCUAAGACAGAGACCAUAGAAGAUGAAAAAGCAAUAAAGUCAGCUGACAAAGAGAAUGUAUCAGAGAAGCCACUGUCAAGCAGCCAGCACCCAACUGGAAAUAUGUGUAUGCCAUAUCCUUUUGAUAAUUUCAGUGAUGGUACUCGAUACAUACAAUAUAAUAUUCUUAAUGUCCCUGAAACAGGGCCGCUCAAUUUCAUUGAUCCAACGCAUGAAUUCAAAUUACUUACCAACACAGAGAAGGCAGUAGAAGAGGAUAUCAUGAUGAAAUUUAGCAAUGAAGUCUUUAGAUUUGCUGCAGCCUGCAUGAACUCCCGCACAAAUGGCACUAUUCAUUUUGGAGUAUGUGACAAUCCACAUGGGAAAAUCGAAGGAAUAAAAGUUACCAAGAAAGAAGCAUACAUUGACCAUUUAAAUAAGUGUAUCAGAAAGUACUUUCAGAAGCAAUACAUCAGCAUUGCAAAACAAUGCAUUAGAGAGCCUAGAUUUGUGGAAGUACUAUUACAAAAUGGAACUCCAUCACAUAUGUUUGUCAUUGAAAUAGAUGUGGUCCCCCAACACUACAUCUGUGGUACAACAUAUUUCUGUACCAACAGAUAUGACUUUAAGACUAAGAGCUGGGAAAUUGCUAAAGCUGUCUUCAUCCGGGAUGGAGCCAGUUCCAAAAAUAUUCAAAAUACAAAAGAAUUUGAAACUUUUAAAGAUAACUUGGCAUCUUUAGCAGAUUUUCGUAAACGAGCAGAGGAAGACUAUAACUUAAAGCAAAAGAAGUCAAAAAAAGAAGGACUGAAGCUAAUUAGUCUGCUUACAGGUAACAGGGACUCAUUAGAUAGCUCUUAUUAUGACUACUACAUUUUGGUAACAAACAAGUGCCACUCAAGUCAAACUUCGCACUUAGACUUUUUACAGGAAAUAAAAUGGUUUGCUGUGCUUGACUUUGAUUUUGAAUCAGAAAUGAAUGGUGUGUUCAAGACUUACAAAAAAAAUCAAAAUGCCAAACUUUACUUCCCAGAUUAUUAUGAAAACAUGAAGGGUUCUGUUUCUGAACACGCUGCAAAGCUGAAACUGCAUCAGGAGACCAACUGGAUUUUCUGCAAUGGUGGAUCAGACUUCGAAGGCAAUAGCAAACUACCAUUAGAUCCCACUGCAUGGCAACAGGACAGAGCUGCGGGUGUCAGAAAAAUGAUUUCAUUUCUUUCACACAAAGAUGUAAAGCAGAAUGGAAAGUUUUUGAUAGUGUUUCUUUUGCUUUCCACAGUGGAAGAUUCAGCGGAUCCUCUUACUGAGACUUUUAUAAUGUUUUACCAAGAAUUAAAGGGACUAGAAUACAUGAUCUGCAUUUGCAUUGGUGCAGGUACAUACCAGCGAUGGAAAGAUCUUCUGCAUGCUAGAGGCAUUAGUGAGGAAGAACUUUCAAACAGAUGUGUAUCUAAUUUAACCCUGCCAAGUGUAAAUGGUACCAUCAUGACACUAAAAUCAGAGACACAGUCUUCUGAAAGACUUCUGCCCUCCGUUGGUCACUCUACUGUUCUUCUAAAGAAGGAAGAAGACUCCAUGGCAGCAUUGGAAAUACUUUGUGAAAAUGAAUGCAAAGGCACAGGAAUAGAGAAGGAUGCAGACAAAUUUAAAAAAUUCCUGAAAGAGCGUGAAGAAGUUUUUUAUCGAGGUGGUAAAAUAUCAUGGUGGAAUUUCUAUUUUUCUUCUGAAAAGUAUACUUCAGAUUUUAUCAGAAGGGACAGUUAUGAAAAGCUUGAACACCUAAUUGUGUCUUCAUCUGAGAGUGCUGAUGAAUCACCUGUAAAAAUUAUCAACCUUUACCACCACCCAGGCUGUGGUGGGACAACUUUAGCUAUGCAUAUCCUUUGGGAUCUCCGGAAGCGAUUCAGAUGUGCUGUUCUGAAAAACAAAACCAGUGAUUUCGGAACACAGCUGACAACUUUACUGACCUAUGGAGCAAACAACGACACAGGCUAUUUACCAGUGUUACUUCUUGUGGAUGAUUUUGAAGAGCAAGAAAAUGUUGAUGUUCUGCAGAAAGAAAUUCAAAUGGCUAUAACAAAAAAACGCAUUCGGUAUGUAACUCCUUUAGUGAUCAUUCUAAACUGUAUGAGAUCUCAGAAUCCUGAUGAAAGUUCAACAAUCAAUUUAUUGAACAGUACUUCUUUAAAACAUACACUUUCUGAAAAAGAGCAAAGGGCCUUUGAUCAGAAACUGAAAUAUAUUGAAAAGGUGCAUACAAAUUUUGACAAUUUCUAUUCAUUUAUGAUUAUGAAGAAAAACUUUGAUCCACAGUACAUAGAAAACGUCGUAAAAAACACCUUGCAUAGGUUGAAUACUGCCUCCAAACCAGUACAACUUUUUUGCUAUCUAACACUGCUAAACUCAUAUGUAAGAGCAUCUACAGUUUCAGUAACACUAUGUGAAGAAUUCUUAGGAAUGAAUUCUCAAGAGAUUGGCUGCAGUAAAGACAAAUUGAUAGAAAAGAUGGGUAUUUGUUCCAAUAUUCUAAUAUGUGAUCAGGUGCGUGAAUACAUGAGAUACAAAGGUCUUCGUAUCAUUCACCCAAUGAUAGCAUCUCACUGCCUAACAGAAUUGAAACUAACCUAUGACUUGCCUAAAAGUGAAAUUACAUUGGGGUUAUUGAAAGAAGAUUUAUUUUAUAAGACUUUGGUAAAGCAUGACAAACUUAUUUGUGAUAUACAAGCCCUGCUCAUUACUAGACAGCGCAAGGAACAUGGCGAUGAGUCAGACACUUUAUUUUCCCCCUUAAUUGAAGCCAUUCAUAGGGAAGAGAAGCGUGAUAAUGUGGAAUAUGUGUUAAAACAAGCCUCCGCUAGAUUUGAGCAAAAUGGUUUCAUCUGCCAAGCCUUAGCAAGAUACUUCUACAUUAAAGUAAGGGAUUUUGACUCUGCAUUAUACUGGGCCAAAGAAGCCAAACGAAGAGCACCACAAAAUUCAUACAUAUCCAAUACACUAGGUCAAGUCUUUAAAAGUAAGCUAAGAUACUAUGUAGACUCCAAAGCAAAGAGUGCAGUCCUGACAGCUGAGGAACUGAAAUACUCGCUAGAGCUUGCUGAGCAUGCUUCACAGGCUUUCAUAGAAUGUCAGCAGCAAGCUGAAAAGGCAGACAAUGAACAGUACUUGCAGCAUAAAAACCGUAAAAGAAAGUUUCAAACGUACAAUACUGCUGGUUAUUGGGGAGAGAUAGAAACUGCCCUUUACAUUAUUGAUGUCCUUUGGCAUGUUCUUUUUUUUGGCAAAAAAGACUCAUGGCGUAGAAGAAGUCUGAAAAUGUAUGUAUCAGGAAAUGGUGGUGUGAAUGUAGAUAACCCUAGCACACAGAGUGGAAUGCUCAAGGUUCUUAAACAUCAUUCCAGCUUUUUAUGUAGUUUGCGAUCACGGCUGAAAAAGGCAUUUGACUUUUUUGAAGACUACUUUGUGUUUUUCAAAGCACAGACCCAUGAAAAAGAAAUUGUAGAAGCAAAAUUGUAUGAUAAGGUUCAAGAACACUUUACCAAAUACACAGAAAUAUUUUGUGAUUUCAGAUUUGAGCAACUGAAACAUAAACAGGUCUCAAAGUGUAACAUGUCCCAGUAUGUAGAAGCAUACAGGGACACUGUGGAAGCUUCCAAAGCAGACUCAUUUUCUGGCAUUUUGGCAUACCUCCACAGGAAUCACCCAAAUAGCAUCAGAGAAAUAGAAGACAUAGUAGAAGCAUAUGCAUUUCUGUGUGAGGAGAAUGCACAAGGAACUCUGAAAGACAAACAGAAUUUUAUUUUGGCAAAUAUUGUUCUGAACUGCAUUAAACCUAACCCCACUAGUUUACAUCCUUACAAGGUGCUGAGAAAUCUGCUUCUAAGCAUUCUACAGGAAGUGGGACCAAUUUCACAGUGUGUAGAGUCUUUCUUCCUAGCCUCCUUGUUGUUCUGGCCCCAAGAUAGAAAAGAACUAGAUGAAGAUUCCGGGAAAAUGGAAACCUUUAUUAGACGCUUAAAUGAGUCUUUCAAAGGGCGCUAUGGAACCCUGCGUCAUUACAGGCACCCUCUGGCUCUUUUCUAUCUGGCGAAAGAUCAGAAAGGCCUGAACAGAUUUGUUCACAAAGGAAAAAUAGAUCAGCUUUUUAGUUCACGUUCACAACAGGAACUGAAUUCCCUCUGGCAGAGUGGAAAUAUCUGGAAGGAACAGGCUGUUCAAGAUCUUUUGCUUCGUUUGGACGGAAGAGCUGAGGGUAAGGUUAUCUACAUAGACUAUGGCAGCAAUGAAACCUUUAGGAUACCAGUGCAGCCUGUUCCCUCAUAUCUAUUGAAAAAUGGUCCAAACAUAGAAAGAGUGUCUUUUUACCUUGGGUUUUCCAUUGCUGGUCUUCUGGCAUACAACACACAAAGGCUGUCAUAAAACAAUAGGUAUCACCAUUUCUCAUCUACAAGGCUUUUUCAGGCAAAAUUAUCCUUUAACUGGGUUUUGGGUUGGGGUUUUUUUUGGUCAACAAUUGCAAAUGACAACCUCAGGCUGGUUUGUUAUAUUUCCUUCUUCACUAUGUUAGUCUUUCAGUCUCAUGCAGAAUUGUCUCCCUACUGUCAUAACUGCUGUUUGGACAGUCAGUCAAACUGAAAUGUUGGUGCAGUUAGUCCUGUACACUGGUCACUAACUACUCUAAGUUCUGUGGUUGAUAACAACAUAAGAAAUAAUUAAAAAAAAAAAAAAAAAGAGGAGGAUUCUAAAAAAGAGUAUUUUGAAAAUGUUGUCUUUAAAUACCAUCACUUUUAAGAACCCUACUAUCUUGCUAGCUUUUUUGUCGUUGCUUGUAAUGCAGGAUCUCACCACUAUUUUCAUCCUCUUUUAUAAGUAAUGUAAGAACAAGAAAUGUACAUUAGAAAACACAUAUCGUGUAACAUUUCCUGAUGCUCCAUUGUAUCUGCUGUCAUCUUGGCACAAGGGUAAUGUAAAAGACCAUUAAGUUGCAAAGCAGCGUUUUUUUUCUCAGUUGUUAUUGCACAUGCUUGAAUAAUGUAAUGCAUUUGUAUAUGGGCUUAUAUUAAUAGCCAAGCUGUACAUCUCAUGGGAGGACAGAAGCACUGGUCUUUUGCCUUUCUCAGGCAAUAAUUAUGUGAUUAUUAAAGAUACCACUGCUUUCUGCUGUACUGUAAAAUCAGUUGGUAUUCGAUGUCCAUAUUAAAUAGAUUUUAUUCUUUUGUGAUGGGUUUUAUAUAAAAUUGAUCCACUUUGGUCAUUCCUUUCCUUGUAAAUCCCACUAGUUCCUUCCAGUGAUAGACUUAUCCAUUUUGAGCCUUCCAAAACCUGGCAAUUUAAAUGCUUAAAGUGGUCAUUGAUUGCACUGCCUUCCUCAUGUGUAUGCUGCCUGCUAUGUUUAGACACAAUUUACAUUCCAAAAAAGGAAAAGAUAUUUGUGCGAAGUAUCAGAAACAAGAAAUUAUUACUGUCUGGGGGUGCAAAGUGUUGCACUUUGCACUAUGCUCAUGAUUCAUGAAAAUCAGAGGAGUUCAAUGCAAUUAACUGCCUGAAAGAGGUCUGCAGGGCAGCUCUUUCAUCACCCCACAAGUCCUCUUUGCUCUUUGUGUCAGGCAAGGAAGCAGGCAAAAAUAAGUGACAUCUCAACAGAUUAGUAAAAAAAAAUUGACAUGAAGAAAAAGAAUAAAGCAGUGGACCAUUCUGCUGUAAUGCAGCUCUUCUCUUAGUUGUAAAUAAGGAUAAGAAGGUUUAUUAUAUAAUCUAGACUGCUUUUUAAUUCUAGACAAAAUAUAUUUCUCUUGGCAAGAAUGCACACUUCAUUUUAACCUAUAUCCACUUUAUUUCUAACAGCAUACUUUUAUUUCAGUACGCGUGCUAUAGGAUCAAUUUUCAUAAGAAUUCAUUAUUUGUUCUAGUUAAUCUUCAGGAUACUGCCAUACAAUUUAUCGACGACUAAAGCAUUUACCCUUCCAAAUAAAGAUUUACAGCAAAUAAUUUGCCACGUUUCAUGGCAACUGAAGACUUCGGUCUUCAUCUCAGUCCAUCACAUCUCCUAAGAGCUGCAAGUCUGUUUAUGUGCCCAGAAUCAGCUGCGCUGUAGAGGGUGGUGCAUUGGGCACAGCCGGCAGGGUGUGGUGGCAGGGGGUGCCCCGUGGCAGGAGGCCAUGAACCACCUUGGGCCAGUCACAGCUGGUGUGAGCACUCCAUCACCCACCAAACCUCUGCCGUUCAGGGAAGCUGAUGGCGAUCAGACAAGUUUAAUAAAGAGCAGCAGCUGUGGUGGGCAGGAGAAAUGGUGAAGGAGACGCUGUUGGAGACAUGUGGAAAGGCACAUUGUUGGGGCAUGGCUGGUCACACUCUUCUGGAAAGGAGCGACCCACAUCAGGGCUGGGACACCCUUGAGGGACUGCAGCCCAUAGGUGACCUGCGCCAGGGCAGGGACAACCCUGAGGGACUGCAGCCCAUGGACAAUCCACACCUGGGCAGAGGAAACCAGAAGGAAGGUGGAAUGGAGAAGCAGAAGAAAAGAACCAGGAGCAAGGAGUGGCAAAAAUCAGCCACUACACACUGAGACUAACCUCCUCCACUGCAGGCCUGUUGUCUUGGCAGGGGGAUUGGGAAGGACUGAGCAGAGGUGAAAAUGAAAGGCCUUGUGGCUAGGAAUGGGGAAGGAGAGGGGUUGGACUGAAGUUGAAAGGGCAAGAAAGGCAUUUUCCUGAUUUUUUCUUCAUUGUUUGUUUUCUUGCUUCCUCAAUACCCCAAUCAGUAAUUAAACGUUUAUGUUAAUUGUCAAUAAAUUAAGUGAAACUCCCCAAGUUGAGAGUGUUUUGCCCACAAUGUGUGUACAUUUAUUAAUAACCCUUGGGAUCUGGCACAGUGUAUUACAUGCUGGACACUGCACUUCAUGCCUGUGUGAGUUUACAGAAAUACAGAUUUUAUUAUUUGUAUAUAUCAGGCUGUUUGUUAUAAAAUAGUAU